UGUGUGACACGUCAAAAAGGAAUGUUUAGACAAGACGUUAUACACUUUUCAGAAGUCCAUUUUAUUUUCGCGUUGUGUUCAAAAGCAAAGCUUGUUUCUUUCCACAAGAUUUCAGCUACAAUAUUGAUAUGGCUUGAUCUGAGCUCAUGCCAUGAAGACAAAAUUUACUUUUUGGUUGCGUGCCUCAGACGUCCUCGCAUCUUUGCUAUCCUUGCUUCUUUUCUUCUGGAACGUGGGAGCGAAUGCGUGGGCUGUGGUAUCCUUUUACCAGGAGCACAAAUACUUCUCCAUGGGACUGUUUAUAUUUCUAAUACUCAGUUCCUCGGUGCUACUGCAGAUCUUUAGCUGGCUCUGGUACACUGAUUCCAAUGAAAAAUUGCACUCCAAAGUAGAGAGGUUUAUAAACAGACAUGGAUUACUCGCUCUGGUGCACAUCUUGCAGCUUGGAGUCUUCCUCAGGUGUUUAGGUAUGUUGGAACUGUCAAUCAGCAGCUUUGAACAGAAGUACACUUUGCAAAAUGAGAAUGCUGAGAAUCUAGGUCACGAUCUCAGCACUCUCGGUCUGUUUAAGGCGUUCUCUGAAAGUGCUCCACAGCUCAUACUAAUGCUAACAAACAUCAUCCAGAUGCAGGACUUUCAGCUCUUUACAGUCAUUAAAAUCAUCAGCUCUCUUUCCUCCCUCUCCUUCACCGUGUUGUCCUACCAUCGCAGCAUGCGUGCGUUCGUCCCUGAGAAGCUUAAGAUGGGAUGGUCUUCCUCUAUAAUCUACUUCCUGUGGAAUCUGUUCCUGAUUGGCCCACGUGUGGUGUCUGUGUCCCUCUUUGCCUCCGUCCUGCCCUGCUACAUCACCGCUCACUUCCUGUCCCUGUGGACGCUGCUGGUCCUCUGGUCCUGGUGGCAGAAGACAGACUUCAUGGUCACUAAAGCUGGAGAAUGGCUGUACCGGGCCACCGUAGGCCUCAUCUGGUACUUCACCUGGUUUAAUGUAGCAAGUGGAAAUAAGAAACUCAGAGGAAUCAUCUAUCACAUGGUUAUGGGGGCGGAUACGAUGCUGCUGUUAGGAUUAUGGUGGUGGAGGAGAUCUGUGGAAUCAGCUCGUCUUAGUCCACUACCUAUUAAUCCCUACCUACUGAUUGUUAUGUUAAUGAUAAUCUAUAUUAUAGGAGUCCUACUGAAACUGGUUUAUUACUGGAAAUUUCAUCCUAAACAACCAGACUUACAGAAGGAUGAGAAAGAUGGGAUAUCACAGAUGAAACCACAGGCACCAUGUUAUGAUAUAGUGGACUCAGGAGAGAAGCCUGAAACUGAACCUGAAUCUGUCCUCACUGCUUCAGCCCUGACUCAAAGAUUCGCAAGCGGCAUCCACAAGAGGAUGAGAAACAUGGCUGUGAAUUUCUACUGCUAGUAAAAAUGACAGACAAAUGACCUAUUAUUGCAAACAAAACUUCCUAACAAACUGGGAUAUGCAAAGAAAAGAAUUUCACUGUACUGUAAUGUAUAUGUGACAAAUAAAGGCUUUCUGUUUUUCUUUCUUUCUUUCAAACUUUACUGGCAAACCUUCUGCUAGCAUAAACAUGUAGCUCACAGCUCCAGGGUCUCCACUUCCAUCCUGAGCUUGGGUUUACACUCUGUGUGAAGUUUCACAUGUUCUCCCCAUGUCCAUGAGAGUUUUCUCAGUGUUCUCUGAUUUCAUCCCAUCUCCCAAAAACCAUCUAAUAGGUUUACUGGCUAUGCUAAAUUGCCUUUAGGUGUGAAAGAGAAUGUGAAAGUGUCUGUACAUGGUGCCCUGUGAUGGACUGGUGUAGGCUCUGGAUCCACCACAACCCUGACCAGGGUGAAAUAGUUAGUGAAGAUGAAUGCAGUUUUUACUUUACACUAUAUGGCCAAAGGUUUAUGCAUACCUGACCAUCACACCCAUAUAUACUUGUUGAACAUCCCAUUCCAGAUUUAUUCCCCCUUUGCUGUUAUAAUAAGCUCCACUCUUCUGGGAAGCUUUCCACUAGAUGUUGGAGCGUGGCUGUGGGGAUUUAUGUUCAUUCAGCUACAAGAGCAUUAGUGAGAUCAGGCGCUGAUGUUGUGUGAGGAGGUCUGGGGUUCAGUCGGUGUUCCAGUUCAUCCCAAAGGUGUUCAGUGGGGUUGAGGUCAGGGCUCUGUGCAGGACACUCGAGGGCAUUAAUCUAGACCUGUUAUUUGGCUUAUUGACAGAACUACUGUUAUAGAUAAUUGAUCAACAGUUGCUGACCAAUCAGAUUUGACAAUUCAACAAUGCUGUGGUACAAUAUAUAAUAUUUGAAUACAUUUUAACCAUGUUGAAUACGGUGAAUGAUGUGUGCUGUGUCAGUUACAUUUACUGUACUGUGUGUAGGAAUAACUGAAAUGAUUGAAUUCUUAAAACCUUUUCCUAUGAUGUUGAAUUUUCUGAUGAAGUUGUAUGUUUACUGCUCAAUCCAUUUUGUUUAAAUUAUACGAUUUAUGUGAAUUUUGAUUAUUUAAAAAAUGUCCACUCUGUUACAUUGUGAUUACAGUGAAUUUGUUAAAAUACAUUUUAAAACACCUUUCUAGUUCUAUUUGCUCUUUUGGCUCAGAAUUUCCCUUGCUGAUUUAUGUGCUUGCUGACUCCCUCCUCCGCUAUUUCCUGCAGGAAGCACGUGGAGGAAGACUGGACUUUGUAAAAAAAAAAUAAUCAGAAAGCAGAAGUGAGGAAACAUCUUUAGUAAAGGUCAGCUGUAAUCAGAGUGGAGUAUAUCAGAGACUAAAGUGACUGUUUCAAAAAAUACUGAAGCUUCUUAAGCUGUAACUGACAUGGUUUGAGCGAAACCAGGUUUCAAGAAGAGCGUUGCGUGUUGUAUCACACAUCUGCAGCAGGGCCACACAC